AUGCCUUCAUACCUCAUUAUUGGUGGCAAUGGCUUUUUAGGUCAACAUGUUCAGGAGCAAAUCCGUCUUCGCCAAGAUGGUUCUACUAUUGCCGUCUUUGAUAUGUCUGAACCCAGAGAACCACAAUCCGAUGUAAAGUACUACACUGGUGAUCUUCGCAAAUUUGACGAUGUGUACAAUGCGCUCGAAGGCAUCACUGCUGUCAUUCACACCGCUUCUCCUCCUCAUGUCAAUACCAGCAACCCUCCCCGCGAUCUCUAUUUCAGCAUCAACGUCGAGGGCACCUUAAACAUCAUCAGGGCCUGUCAAGAGAGAAAAAUUAAGGUUUUGGUAGUGACAAGUUCAGGUAGUGUUAUCUCCAAUGGCGAGCCCAUGGUCAACAUUGACGAAAGCACACCUUAUCCUCCCAAGGCUAUUGAUGUCUAUACCGAGUCCAAGAUGGAAUGCGAAAAGGAAGUGUUGAAGGCGAAUGGCCAAGGUGGUUUGUUGACUUGUACCAUUCGUCCUUCUGCUAUUUUCGGUCCUGGCGAUAGACAACUCAUUCCUGGUAUGCUUGAGGUCUGUGAGCGUGGUCAACAUCGCUUCCAAAUCGGCAACAAUCAAUCAUUGAUGGAUUUUACCUAUGUUGGCAACGUUGCAUAUGCUCAUGUUCUCGCUGCCGAGAAAUUAGCUAUCCCCAACUCCGGAGCUGCUGGUCAAGCCUUCAAUUUAACCAACGGUACACCUGUUCCCUUCUGGGAUUUCGCUUCUCGUGUCUGGGCAGAAGAUGGCUACUACAUGCCCAACAACAAAAAGAUCGUCUUGUCUUACAACGCCAGUUUGGUGAUUGCUCUUAUUAGUGAGACCAUCUUUAGUAUCAAGGAGAUGUUCUGGGACAGAAGUCAACUCAAGGAAGGUUUGUCUCGUGCUAGAAUUAAGCAAGCCAUGUCCUCUCGUUAUUUUGACAUUUCAAAAGCAAGAACCAUCUUGGGUUAUGAGCCCAAAGUUGGACUCGAUGAAGGUAUCAAGAUCAGUGUCGCUUAUUACAAAGCUCAUCAUCCUGCUUCUGCAGCAGCCAAGAAAUAA